CGACUUAGACCACAUGAUAUAAAAUGCAGUAAUCACUCAAACUGUCCCGUGCAAUAUCCACAAAAUAUAACCUUAGACCUAUUGUGAUGCUAUCAAGUAAAUGCUAUAAUUUGAAUGACCAUUGAACACUGAUCACUCAAGAUAAUCCCAUGCUUUAUAUUAGUCCCUAGUUCAUAUAAGACAUUAAAUGUUGCAAAUUUAGGUUAGGUUCACAAUUCGUACAAAAUGGAAAAAAUAGAUUUGAAUGAACUUUGUGAUUCGGAAAAUAUUUCUGUUACUCAACUUGAUUUCUUGCCAACUCAGGAUUUAUUUAAGUUUGACAUCCCAGAAAAUAAACGUUUUGAGUCAGUUUCUGUGGUCAGUGAUGAACAAUUAAAAAACGAAAGGAAGAUAGAAUUCCUAGAAAUACUAGAAAACAAAACUGCUGGGCGAUGACCUGCUAUGAAGACUGGGCAAAGUGGAGAAACAUGAGGGCAGAAACUUUGGUUGGAGACAAUGGUUUAGUUCCAGUUGAACUUUCCACACAAUCUCUCAUGGCAAUGGAUUAUUGGCUGUCCAGAUUCAUUAUUGAAUGCAGGAGAAAAGAUGGAAAACCAUAUCCUCCAAGUACUUUGUAUAAUAUAUCAGCAUCCAUUCAAAGAGAGUUACGGGAAGUUUACGGAAGAACAGACGUAAACAUUUUGGACAAAAAAGAUGCACAUUUCUCAGAAUUCAGGAAGCAGCUGGACAGUAGGAUGAAAGAACUCACGAAUAAAGGUAUUGGCAUUCACAAAGACCGUGCCGAUCCUGUGUCGGAGGAUGAUGAGAUACAGCUUUGGGAGAAGGGAGUCAUCGGUCACAGUGAUGCACAGGCUUUAAGUCACGGUGUUUUCUUUUACAACUGUAAAGUUUUUGGUUUUCGUGGUGGCGAUGAACACAGGAAUCUUGAUGUUAACCAGUAUAGUAUUACUAUGGAGUCUGGACGCAAGGUUCUCACUUUCAUGGGUAGGAAUUCAAAAAAUGUGCAAGGCGGCUUAAAUCAAAGAAAAGUUGAACCUAAAAAGAUCAAGCAAUUUGAAAGUCCUGAAAAUCUCAGAUGUGUGGUUAAAUUAUUUGAAAAGUACCUUCAGAGUAUCCCACCAACAGGCCCAUUCUACAGAAAACCGUUGCCGAAUGAUGUUGGCGGGGCCUUAAAUUUUUCUUAACAAAACAUUGGAAUAAAUACACUUGGAAAAUAUAUGAAAUCCAUGUUUUUCUGAUGCACUGAUUGACUGUUCAGGCAGAAACAUAAGAAAUCACUCCGGAAAAGUAACCCUUUGCACGCGUAUGUACGAACAAAACUAUGACGAACAAGCUAUCAUGGACAGAAGCGGGCAUCGUAGUACAGCUGUGAGAAGUUACAAACGUCCAUCUGAAACCAUGCUGCAGCGUGUCAGUGAUUCUCUUCAACCACCAACUGUACAUCCUCAGUCCGACAAAAAUUAAAGACGGAGACGGUUUUACCUUCAAAUGAGGAAUUUUUCCCACAAAAUUCUAUUGAAAUAUCAGUGCCAGAAACAAUCACAACAGUUGUAAUAAAUAAAUGUGGCAGAAAAAUUUCCAUUAAUUUGUAACUUCAAUGAAAUAAACAUAUACCUUAAGUGAAAUACUUUUUGCAGGGACAUAGGUCAUCGGUUCGAAGGAUUUUGUAUUACAAUAGAAUAUAAAGACAUAAUGCUUUCUUCUCAUGAAAGUGGUAUAUUUAUAUGUAAUAGAUUACUAGCAUUUGUUUUUCUGUUGUUUUAUUUUAAUUUUAUUUCAUUCUUUGUAAAUUACCUUCAGGCGUUUAUGCAAUACGUUUUCACACUGGGUCACAUUAAGCUAUUUAUUUUCUGGCCUCACGAUUAAUUAUAUCAUGAUAUGUUCUCACUCAGCUUGAUAAAUUUAUACCCAUUUAAAGGAUUAUUAGACAACGAUAUACCGUGUCUAUACGAUUUAUACAAUCGAAAUACUGGCCAGCGAUUGGUGGUAAACGGUAG